UAUUUAUUUAAGAGAGAGAAACUUAUAUAUUUUAGAGAGAGAACAGAUAUUUUUGUUCUCUGCCUUCUUUCUCUAUUUCAUUCCAUAACAUGACAUAUAAACGUUAGGGUUUUCUCUUUUCUGUUCUGUUUCUUCUUUUUCUUCUGGUUCUUACGCGAUAACGUCUUAGCUACGUCUCCUUGAUUUUUAGUGUUUUUCCUUUCUCUUUCUUCGACAGGGUUUUGAUUUCGGCGAUUAAUUUAAGUUUGGUGUCAAAAAGGAAAUUGCUUAAAGUUUGCCGAGGAAUCAGAAGUAAAUAUAUUUCUCUCUCUCUUUUUUUUUUUUUGGGAGAAGGGAUUUGCUAUUGGAGCUUGUGUUUUGUGUAUUGUGAUGAGUACGCGAACUUCAUGGGCAGAUUUGGCUGCAAAUUCUGCAGCUGAGAACACAUUGGCUGGUUCUUCUGCUAACAAUGGAAGUGUACGCACCACUUCAGCAGCUCCUGCCCGAUCCACCUAUGUUCCUCCACACCUCCGUAAUCUUGUGCCCUCUUCAGACCCACCAGCUCCAGCUUACAGUGGGCCUGCAACAAUUAAUUAUCGUCCGGGAUAUGGUGGAUCCCGUUGGGGGGCUCCCAGAAACGACUAUCGAUCUGGAUCUGGUGGUGGUGGUAGAAGCGGUGGUUGGGGCAACAGAAGCGGUGGUUGGGAUCGCAGGAGAGAGCCCGAAGUGAACCCAUUCGGUGAUGAUGACGAUACAGAGCAGACAAUUACUGAGCAAGAGAAUACUGGUAUUAACUUUGAUGCAUAUGAGGAUAUUCCAGUUGAGACAAGUGGGGAAAAUGUCCCUCCACCUGUGAACACCUUUGCAGAGAUUGACUUGGGUGAAGCAUUAAAUCAGAACAUCCGCAGGUGCAAGUAUGUGAAACCAACACCUGUGCAACGACAUGCUAUCCCAAUCUCUCUUGCCGGCCGGGAUCUGAUGGCAUGUGCCCAGACUGGUUCUGGCAAGACUGCGGCUUUCUGUUUCCCUAUUAUUAGUGGAAUUAUGAAAAUGCAAGCGCAGAGUGCACAGAGGCCACUGCGUGGUGCACGUACAGUGUACCCUUUAGCUCUUAUUCUUUCUCCAACAAGGGAGCUUUCAAUGCAGAUACACGAGGAAGCAAGGAAAUUCUCUUUUCAAACAGGUGUUAAGGUAGUUGUUGUAUAUGGAGGAGCACCGCUAAAUCAACAGCUGCGGGAACUGGAGAGAGGUGUUGAUAUUAUUGUAGCAACUCCAGGAAGACUGGUAGAUUUAUUGGAGAGAGCUAGAGUUUCAUUACAGAUGGUCAAGUAUUUGGCCCUAGAUGAGGCAGAUAGGAUGUUGGAUAUGGGUUUUGAGCCACAAAUAAGAAAAAUUGUGGAGCAAAAUGAUAUGCCUCGACCAGGUGCAAGGCAAACGAUGUUGUUUAGUGCUACCUUUCCAAAAGUGAUACAGAGACUAGCUUCUGAUUUCUUGUUCAAUUAUGUCUUUUUGGCUGUUGGACGAGUGGGCUCAAGUACAGAUUUGAUUGACCAAAGAGUUGAAUUUGUUCAUGAGUCUGACAAAAGAAGUCACCUUAUGGACCUUCUUCAUGCACAGAGGGCAAAUGGUGUUCAAGGCAAGCAAGCUUUAACAUUAGUUUUUGUGGAGACAAAGAAGGGUGCUGAUUCACUUGAGCAUUGGUUGUGUGUUAAUGGGUUCCCUGCAACUAGCAUACAUGGCGAUAGAACACAGCAGGAAAGAGAACAGGCAUUGCGUUCAUUUAGAAGUGGUAACACCCCAAUCUUGGUAGCAACUGAUGUUGCAGCACGUGGACUUGAUAUCCCUCACGUGGCACAUGUGGUCAACUUUGAUUUCCCAAAUGAUAUUGAUGAUUAUGUCCACCGUAUUGGACGGACAGGGCGAGCAGGGAAAACUGGUCUUGCAACUGCCUUCUUCAAUGAGGGCAAUGCAUCAUUGGCAAGAUCUUUAGCUGAUUUAAUGCAAGAAUCAAAGCAAGAAGUACCUGUUUGGCUCUCUCGUUAUUCAGCUCAUUCUUCUUAUGGUGGAGGGAGGAGCCGUCGUUCUGGAGGAGGCAGGUUUGGUGGCCGUGACUUUAGAAGGGAUUCUUCAUUCAAUAGGGGCAGUUCAGAUUAUUACGGUGGAGCAAACACCAGCGGUGGAUAUGGAGGAUAUGGUUCAGGCAUGAGCAGUGCAUGGGAUUAGUGACGGAACAUCUUAAAGAGCUUACAGUACUUGGUGCCUAGUGGUUGUGGACUCUCCCCUUAGUUAUACUGGAGGAAUUUUUUUUUUUUUUUUUCCGUUUUUGUUGUCUUCUAGCAAGUGUUUUUAGCCAUCUUUGUUACUAUUAGAAGUGGUCAUCAUUGAAGAGGAGAUGCAAGUAAGGGGAAUAGAAGUGUAUGAUGUUGGUAAGUUUUGGUGAAAAAGUUUGACAAAGUAGGAAUUGCUUGGUGCUCUUCUUCUUCUUCUUCUUCUUUUAUCUUUUUUCUUCUCUUUAAUGCAACUUCGUUAGGUGAUGAUGGGUUGUAGAAUAUGUAGUGGGAGAGGCAUAGGCGUCCAUGUUGAUCUCUUAAGCAUGUUCUUUUCACCCUUCCCUUUUGAAGGUGGGGAAGGGGGGGUGUGGUUUUGUUAAAUCAUCAGGUUCUGCCAUCUCUUAUUUACCUUCUCCCCCUUCCCUUUUGAAAGGAACUAUUUAAGGCUUUUGUAAUAUUCGGUGGUCACUGAAGUAAAAUACACAGCAAUAUUGGGAAAUGAAUGUUUUGCUGAGAAAAAUCUGAUGAUCUAUUCUUAUAUUUA